AUGGGUGAUAAUAAUUCCAAUAAUUCUGAUGGCAUGCAAUUAUUGAAGACUCUUCUCACUGCAGACGUGCCAUCCGAAGGAUCUGUGAUGUAAUCUAUUAGAAAUAAAGUCAAUUCAUUGCUCAAUAACAAAUAAUAGAUAUCCAUUUUAUAAGAAUUACAAUAGGCAAAUCUUGAUAACGAAUUCAAAGAGAUGACUGACAAUACACUUAUGGGACUCAAUGCCAUAUAUUUUUCAUCUGUUGUCCUCACAUAAUUUAUGUUCACUCGAAAAGUCAGCAAAGUUGUUUUCCUUCUAAGUUGUGCUUAUUUCAACUUUUAUUUAAUCCAACCCAUUGAGAUUGAAUACAAACUACGCAAAUUGGCUUUGUAAAACACUCUUGCUGGGUAGGAAGUCAGGAAUCUUUAUAGAUUCUAUUUCCAAGAUCACGAAUUUAUAAAGGAAAUGACAGAAAAGUGCAAAUUGUAUACACAAGCUGAUGAGAUAAAAAAAUAAAUUUAUUCCAGAAAAUUGUGA